UAGCAAGGGAGAACGAUAAAAAGGAAACGGACUUGAUAGGGAACACCGACGUUAAGAGCUUUCUCGCAGUAUUUUAACACCGCGUUUUAAUUUCAAUGGUGGAGGCUGUCAAAUUUUUGUUAUACCCAUUGGAAUCUCGACGACGCGGACAGAUAAGUUUCAUGGCUUUUAUUUCUAACCAGGAAUAUCAGCUAGCUAGCUAGCUAGCUAGCCAUUGAGCUAUCCGCUAGUCAAAGCCACACAGAGCGAGUGGGUCUGUCACAAUUCUGCUUUUGAGGCUUCGGAGAGAUUCCUCUCCGCCUUUCGGCACAAUCACGGCGGCUGCGGGAGACUCAGAGACUUGGUGUGCUAUUGAAAUAUUCCGAUUUGAGACCUGGAGAGUUGUCUACCUUUUUACUUGGAGGAUUCUAAGUCAUUUGGUGGGAUUUUGGAAGCCGGGCCUGUGGUGGAGUGGAGCAAGGCCCUUCUUUAUGACCCAGCUGCAGACACCGUUCUGAACGACAACUAGCUAGCUUGUAAGCUAGCUAGUGACUCCAAGGGGACUGCGAAAUCAAGAGAGUACAGGGGAGAGAGAUUGACAAAAAGGCUUUUUUUAUUCGCAGGCAACAAUACUCUCUCUUAAUAUUAACACUUUAAAGACUCCUGUCACAGCCAUGGCUGCGAUCAUAAAGGAAAUUGUCAGCCGAAACAAAAGGAGAUACCAGGAAGAUGGGUUUGACUUGGACUUGACCUAUAUUUAUCCCAACAUAAUCGCAAUGGGCUUUCCUGCUGAAAGACUUGAGGGGGUCUACAGAAACAACAUUGAUGAUGUCGUGCGGUUUCUGGAUUCAAAACAUAAAAAUCAUUACAAGAUAUAUAAUCUAUGUGCAGAGAGACAUUACGAUGCUGCCAAAUUUAAUUGCAGAGUUGCACAAUAUCCAUUUGAAGAUCAUAACCCACCGCAGUUAGAACUCAUCAAACCGUUCUGUGAAGAUUUAGAUCAGUGGCUCAGUGAAGAUGACAGUCAUGUGGCAGCCAUUCACUGUAAAGCCGGAAAGGGACGCACGGGGGUCAUGAUCUGUGCUUACUUGCUACAUCGAGGCAAAUUCCUAAAAGCACAAGAAGCUCUAGACUUCUACGGAGAAGUCAGGACCAGAGACAAGAAGGGAGUGACUAUUCCCAGUCAAAGGCGAUAUGUGUACUACUACAGCUACCUGCUGAAAAAUCAGUUGGAGUAUAAACCGGUGGCAUUGCUAUUUCACAAAAUGGUGUUUGAGACAGUGCCUAUGUUCAGUGGAGGAACUUGCAGGGAUACUGCUGUUAAAAACAAGAGUGAGCAGAUUCCACAUGGGUUCAGAAAAGGGAAUUGGCACUGGGAUCCCCAGUUUGUGGUAUACCAACUCAAGGUGAAAAUCCACACUUCCAACCCAGCAUACACAAGACGCGAGGACAAGUACAUGUUCUUUGACUUUCCACAGCCACUGCCUGUGUGUGGAGACAUCAAAGUGGAGUUCUUCCACAAGCAGAACAAGAUGAUGAAAAAGGACAAGAUGUUUCACUUCUGGGUGAACACUUUCUUUAUCCCUGGACCAGAGGAGAACUCAGAGAAGGCAGAAAACGGCAGUGUAGUGAAGGAACUGGAUGAAAGCCAAACCGCAGAGCGGGGAGACAAUGACAAGGAUUAUCUUGUCCUGACUUUAACGAAGAACGACCUUGACAAGGCCAACAAAGAUAAAGCCAACAGAUAUUUCUCCCCAAACUUCAAGGUGAAGCUGUACUUCACAAAAACCGUGGAGGAGCCAUCUAACUCAGAGGCCAGCACUUCCACAUCUGUAACGCCGGAUGUUAGUGACAAUGAACCAGACCAUUAUCGAUACUCAGACACAACGGACUCUGACCCAGAAAACGACAAUUCUGACGAGGAGCAACAAACACAGAUAACAAAAGUUUGAAAUAUUUUUAUGGGAAAAAAAAGAGCCCGUAAAUACAGCAGAGUUGUAAAAAGGAGAAAACUUGAAUAUGAACUGAAAGCAAGUACCUUUUUUCCCCGCCCCUCAAACAGAAGCAGGACACUUGUCAUGGCAGAAUGCCACUGGUUUUAGGGACAAUAAUCCUGACCAAUAUUUUUUUUGUUUUUUUUUUUCCCCUUUUUGUUUGUUUGCCCCUUUCAUCCACAAAGUAUUGGCACUGUAGUUCAGUGGAAAAAAGGUUCAGUAGCUAUUAUGUACAUACAUUAUUGUGUCAAAAAUACAAAAAGGAAACAGAAUCAGGGGAUGGAAGAUCAGGUAUGGAAGUAAUUCAGUAGAAGUCUAAAUUUGCUGCUCCAUCUCCUAUUGAAACCAAGGCCAGUGCUGUAGUCUUUCUUAACCCCUCCAUGUCUGUCCUCAAAUAUAGAGCUCCACCCCCCCACCCCACCCCCCUCCUCUUUAUCUUACCAACUGUGAAACGCUUUUUGUGCUGUUUGCAGGCUGGCUCAUACAAGGCAAAGUAGAGCAGUGAAAACUGCACCUUAGGAAUUCUUCAUUCUGUUGUCAUCAUUAUUAUUAUUGCUAUUAUAAUAGUAAUAAUGAUUUACAUUAUUAUUAUUAGGCUACAUGACAUCUUAGCAAUGUCCAUUCCUUUUUACCACUGUCUUCUGUUGGAAAAAAAAACUCAGAAAACAGUAUCCCUUGUAUUGUCAGUGUUUUUUUUUUUAUGUUAAGGUAAUGAAAUAUAAUACACAAACAGCAGGGAAACCAGUGUUGCAAUAAUGUUAACACUAUUAAUUGACAAGUGUGCAUGUUUAUUGGAAUUAGUAUCCAUGUUGUUAAAUAAAUGGUAUACAAUGUUUUUCUAAAAGCGGUUUCUAAAGUCAUUUAAGAUUUGAUUGUAUGUAGCUAGGUGGUCAUUUGAAAAUGGCAUCCCUCACUCAAGUGGGUUCUGCAGGUAUAACUUUAAUCCAUAGACAGGCCAACAGUGGUAUUUUUCUUUUAAAAAAAAAAGAUAUGUGAAUUUCCCCUUAAACUGGUUAUAAACUGUUUUUAAAACAUUAAGUGUCAUCGAGGACUAUCUUUUCAGGGUUAACAAGGUUCUGAACGGUUUACUUCAUUUGCUCAUAAGAACUUCAGAGAAAUCGUGUGCGUCGACAAGAUGUCUGAUGAAAAUAUGCACUCCUGUAUGUUGUAUGAUAUGGACCAGAACUCGCAUUGAGGUUUCAGCAUGGGCCCUUCUUCCCAACGAGCCAAUCACGGGCCUGCUUUUGCCCUAGCUAGAAAGUAUCACUAGUUAAACAUGGGAAAUCUACUGAUUUUUUUUUUUUCCAGAAAUACACACAGGGUGGUGUGUUUGUGUAUAUAGAUGAAAAGGAUUUUGUUGAGUUAGGAAGUCAAGUAUGCUGGACGUUAACUCUUUUGGCAUGCUGAGUUUUGCUGAGUUCACAGUGGUAGUGUGCAGAAAGCUGUUGUCUAUGAAAGUAAAGGAUGUGAAUUGAAAAUAGUUCUGAAUGUAACAUUGUGCCUCUGAGCUGCUCUAGAAACCACAGAUGCAAGUUCUGUUUCAUAUUAAACAACAUAUGCAAGUGUAUAUUUCUGAGGGGGAAAAAAAAAAAACCCAACAAAAAAAUUUCUUUUAACUAUGGCUUUUAUUGGAUAUCAGAUCUUUGGCUCCCAGACAUGUUUGUAGCCUUAUUGAGCAUGAUCUAAUGAAAUCUGGAUCAUUUGUUUAUCCAACAAUGGUGCUUACAAACUGCCAAAUUGCAAACUUACAAUGUACAAUAAUCACGGAGCCAAGAAUCUGUGCCUAUCGUAUGGUGCAAGUAGCUGCAGUCAAAUUGCACGACUUCUGUGUGUGUUCUAACUGUUAGAUGUGCAGUGAUGUGCACAAUUUGAUAGUCUUCUACAGUUGGUGUCCUUGACUGGCUGGGGUUCUAUUUGUUUUCCUUUUUUUU